UGUAAUCUGUGUAAACAGAGCGUGUAUUAUUCAAGCACAAGAAAAAGCAACAGCGUAUAUGCGAACAUUCCUCUAACAUUUUCAACGGUUUUUUUGUUUUUGUUUUAAAUUUCAUGACUUCUUGGUUUUCAUUCUUUUUUGCUCCCAGGUUCUCUCUGCAUAUGGGCUAAAUGUUUGAAAGCUGUCGACACAUAACUAUAUAAAAUGGGUUCGACGAACUCCACCCUAUUAAAAAUCCCUAACGUCGAGGUGUUGAUGCAAGAGACGGGCUUCUCGCCUGCCCACAUUAUUCGCCUCCAUGAUCGCUUCAAAGCUCUGGAUAAAGAAGGACGAGGUCAUCUCUGUCCCCAGGAUUUUGGAGCCAUAAAGGAGUUGGCAAUGAACCCCAUAGGAGACAGAAUAAUAGGUGCCUUCUUCUCCCCAGGGAAGGAAAUGGUGGACUUCCACACUUUUGUGAAGAUCCUGGCUCAUUUCCGGCCCGUUGACAAGGACCGACCUAAAGAGCCCAAUUCUCCUGAACUCAUCAAUAGCAGGAGCAACAAACUCAAAUUUGCAUUUCAGUUGUAUGACCAAGACAAGGAUGGCAAGAUUUCCAGAGAUGAGCUUUUAAAGGUUCUCCGGGCCAUGCUGGGGAUGCAGGUGACAGAAGAGCAGCUGGAGAGCAUAGCAGACCGCACUAUACAGGAAGCAGAUCUAGACCGUGAUGACGCAAUAUCUUUUGAAGAGUUUCGUAAGUCUCUGGAGAAGGUCAACAUUGACCACAAGAUGAGCAUUCGCUUCUUACGCUAGACUAGAGCAUCAUGGGAAAGCUUGUACACCAACCUUAUACGCCUCUAUCUCCAAGCCUCAGAAAAUGGAAGGGAUGUCUGCAAUGCCCAGGACAGUAUGAUGGGAUCAGUGUUUGUCUGUCUAACAGGAAUUUAAUGCACUGGUAAUGUCUGCAUGAAAACUGCACAUUGACAAAUAAUAUAAAGUUUACCGAAGUAGUGUUGGGUCAGUAAGAUUUUUAUUUAGCAAAGAUGCAUUCAAAUAAUCAAAAGUGACAGCAAAGACAUUUAUAAUGUUACAAAAAGAUUUGUGUUUCAAAUGAAUUGAACCUUCUUUUCAACAAAGAAUAAUGAAAAAUGUCCAUUUCCACAAAAUAAUA